GUUUUAUUGGUGCCACAAAGGAGUCACGUAUCGUAACGUGCAGUUCAUUCGCUUGGAACAUUAUUAUGCUGCGUUCAAGAAUGCCAUAAAAUCAGAAAUAUGGAACUGUGACCUGACAAGCUCGAAAGAACCCUGUACCUGUGCCUCUACCUGUGUAUGAUUCCCCUCUUCAUCUUCCUCCUCCUCACUGAGGCUUGGAGCCACGAGGCUCCCAGGGAAAAGGAGAAUGUUUUUGGGGUAAAACCCUGCCCGGCCUUCCUGAUUUUCUUCAACACAGCCUACCAGGCAGGAGCCACUGUGGAGUUGCCCUGCCGCUGCAAACCCGAAAAGGUCCAGUCCAUUGUUUGGUUUUACAGGGAGCAUCAUUCUAACCCUGAAGUGACUAGAGCUCUGACCGAUGACGAUGGAAACAAGCUGAUAGACUCCAGUAGAAUUCCACACAACGCUGACCUGCGGAGUCGUUUCUCAAUUCGUCUCUUCAGCCUGAUUAUCUUUCAAACGUCAGUUGAUGACUCAGGUCUCUACAUCUGCGGGUCGACUCAGGGCGACUACUUCUACGCCUACGAUCUGGACAUCCAGGAGGUGCAGGAGCUUAGCUUCACGUCAAGGUUAACUUCUGAAAGCAAACACAAGACUAUCAAAGAAGUAAAGCGACAUACAUCUGGUCAGCUCUACCAAGUCUUCACCUUUUUCCGUCCGUGGUCCCGUUGCGAUCGCUGCGGCAUUCAGGGUGAGCAGGUCCGUGUGGGGCUCUGCUACAUCCGCUCCAGCUACCUACACGUGCGCUACAAGUGGACCGACAAGAAUGUUGUGUCCUGCGGCUCAGGGGCGGUGCCUGAGGCUUUCAGCCACCUGAAGCAAAGAGGCACUGGAGCCAAGCUGGAGAUCAGAAACUGUCAUGUAACUUGUCGAGCAAAGGUGCCAUCACCUUCAAAACUGCACGAUAAAAAGAGUUCUGAAUCCAUUACAACACAGGACAUGCAAGUUUCCUUUGUGAACCACCCAGCCAAGCAAAUCCUGACCCUCACCUGUCCAGAGGCCCGGCCGUACAUGGCGGUGGCGUGGGACAGAGGAUCUAAGCCUAUUUAUCGAUCGCAGACUCCUUUAGGUCAAAAUACAAGCUUCACAUCUCCGAGGAUUCAUAUUGAUGUUGGGAAUCAUCUGGUUUUCACCCCUGCUAAAGUUCAGGACUCGGAUGUAUACUACUGCUGGCUAAAAGGACAACGUGUGGCUGAGAUACACGUGCUCAUCUACCCCCAUUUUGGGCGUGGCAUGUCCGCUACGUCACAUCCGGACUUGUCAUCGGCCAUAGAGAUAGUUUUUAUAGCGUAUACUGUCAUGACGGCAGUGUUUUGCCUAUACAUCGUCAUUCGGGUUUGCAUAAGACACUGGAAGAGGGGCGCGCAUCUGGACUGAAUCUAAUGGAGAAAAGCGCUUGGCUUAUCUUCCCAUUAUGAAAAUCAAAGAUUUGCCCACCCCCGCUUUAAACACGGAGGUGAUUAGUUCGACUGAAGAAGCAGGUGUGCAAUGUAGUGAGUGUUUGGGCUCCUGCCACAAGUAGUAUCUUUUCAGCAACUCAAUCUGACGGCCAUUAGCACUCCUAAAGGACUCGUGCUGUCGAUUUAGAGGCGGCGAGAUGGAGAGCCUAGGGUGAAGA